GUCACAGGAGCUGAUCCUCCCGCUGAUGCUGUUGAGUCUGCUCAUCCUCAUCAGCACGCUCAACCCACACGUCUACUACGGCGGCGUGGGCACCACGGAGCUGGAGAGCGAGAACUACCUGUCACUCAAGGGCCUGGGCUACACCCCCAUCACCAAUGUCACCAAUCACAUCAUGGAGGAGGUGGCGCAGGAGCUCCACAUGCAGGAUCGUCUGGAGAUGUUCGCCAACGAGGAGGACCUGGAGAACGCCAGUCUGUACGAGCCCCUGGGUUAUGUGGGGGUGGUCUUCCGAGACAACAUGUCCUACCGGCUGAGGUUCCCCUACAAUCAGCUGCCCUUACCCAGCGACUACACGGAGUCCAUUGCUAGUUGUUUUUCCAACUCUGUGAAUUGCCGAGCCGCUAACUACUGGUACUCUGGGUUUGUGCGCCUGCAGACCCUCAUUGACGCCACCAUCAUUCAGGUGAGGGGAAAGGUCAAAGGUCAAGAGCAAAUCACACUCUCAUGGCUCUCGGUUGCCUCGGCAAUCGCACAUGAUUGACACCGACCUCUCUUUCCCUGUCUGCCAACACCACCCACUUCAUGUUGAUCAAGUGGCUUUGUUCAUUAGUGUCUUUUAGGGCAUAUUCAGCUCAAAGUCUCUUAUGCAC